CAAUAGAAAAAUAAUAAUAAUUUUGCUUAAGUUCCCUGUAUUAAAUGCUGAUUAUUUUCCACUUCUAAAGGCAGUUCUUGGCUGUUUUCUUUUUGGGUUUUUUUUUUUAAAAUUUAUUUCUUCCCUAAAACCUCAGAGAUAAGGGAAAGAGAAACGAAUUAAUGGGUUGGAGCGGGGAGAAGCGAAAAGGGGUUGUUAAAUUUUUUAGAGUCUUGUUAGUGUUGCUGGUGGUGGUGCAAACAACGGCGUUUCAUGGGGUGAAGUUGAAGAAGAAGGAGCACCGGAACGCUUAUGCAACGAUGAUGUACAUGGGGACGCCAAGAGACUACGAGUUCUACGUGGCGAUACGUGUCUUGAUGAGAUCGCUUGUUAGGCUUCAAGUGGACGCUGAUCUCAUCGUCAUUGCCUCCCUCGACGUUCCCCUCCGUUGGGUUCGUGCCCUGGAACAUGAAGACGGAGCGAAGGUGGUGAGGGUGGAGAACAUUAAUAACCCUUACAAGGGUCAACAAAAUUUUGAUAAGAGAUUCAAGUUAACACUGAACAAACUUUAUGCCUGGGGUUUGGUGGACUAUGACAGAGUGGUCAUGCUUGAUGCAGACAAUCUCUUCCUCAGGAAAACUGAUGAAUUGUUCCAAUGUGGGCAGUUUUGUGCAGUCUUUAUCAACCCCUGUAUCUUUCAUACUGGCCUCUUUGUGUUGCAGCCAUCAUUAGAGGUAUUCAAAGACAUGAUUCAUCAACUGGAAACUGGUAAAGAAAACCCUGACGGUGCUGACCAGGGAUUUAUCGGUGGCUAUUUCCCUGACUUGCUCGACCAGCCAAUGUUCUAUCCACCCCAAAAUGGCACCGUACUUGAUGGGCAAUACAGACUUCCUAUGGGCUAUCAAAUGGAUGCCUCUUAUUACUAUCUUAGACUUUGCUGGAGAGUUCCUUGUGGACCUAACAGUGUGAUCACUUUCCCUGGUGCACUAUGGUUGAAGCCAUGGUAUUGGUGGUCUUGGCCUGUACUGCCCCUAGGCAUUCAAUGGCAUGAAACUCGUCGUCUAACUCUAGGGUAUGCAGCUGAGAUGCCCGUUGUGAUAAUCCAAUCGAUUAUUUCUCUUGGAAUCAUCGUGAUGACACGUCUAGCACGCCCCAGCGUCACCAAACUAUGUUACAGGCACUCAGACAAAAACAUAUCUUUGAUGCAAACCGGCCUAAAGUUUAUAGCAAUCUGGUCAAUUCUUGCAGCCUAUAUAGUUCCCUUCGCCAUUAUUCCUCGUACAAUUCAUCCAUUAGUAGGUUGGACGUUGUAUUUUCUUGGUUCAAUUGCUCUUUCCUCUGUAGCAGUUCACUUAUUUUUGCUGCCAGUUAUUCCAGUUUUCGUUCCUUUGAUUGGGAUUUUUGGGUCUCUUUUGGUCAUGGCAUGUCCUUGGUACCCCAAUGGAGUUAUAAGAGCUUUAGCCGUUUUUGGCUAUGCAUUUUGUUGCGCUCCUAUUGCUUGGGGGUCAUUGGUUAAGGUCAUGACACGGCUUCAGGUCUCACUUGAAAGAGAACAAUUUUUCCCAAAAUUAGGUGAAUCUUCACCACCUUCCGGCUCUAACAAGUUGUAUUGAGUUUUACCCAUGAUAAAAUGCAAGAUUCUUUUUUUUCCUGGAAAAAGAACGAUAUUUGACAGAAUUGGUAGACUUUGGUGAAGACAGAAGGAGGUGAUUGGAAAGUUCAUUCAACGUUCUAC